GCCGCCCUGCUGGUCAUGUGGCUGCUGGGCGUGGCGGGCAACGCGUACACGCUGGUGGUCACGCGGUCGGCGGCGCUGCGCCGCACCGGCUCGGUGUACGUGUACGUGGCCAACCUGGCGCUGGCCGACCUGCUCUACCUCUCCACCAUCCCCUUCGUGGUCUGCACCUACUUCGCCCACGACUGGCUCUUCGGCGAGGCGGGCUGCCGGGUCCUGCUGAGCCUGGACCUCCUUACCAUGCACGCCAGCGUCUUCAUCCUGGUGGCCAUGAGCCUGGAGCGCUACCGCGCCGUGGCCCGGCCCUUCGGCGCCCGCAACUCCACGCCACGCCGACGCAAGCUGGCGGCCGCCGCCAUCUGGGCCACCGCCUUCGCACUCACGCUCCCCAUGAUGGUGAUGAUCCGACUCCGCGAGGGCAAGCCGUCGCCGGCCGGAGUCGUCAAGCGCAUGUGCUUCCCCACCUGGACCUUGGAGGCCUUCAAAGCCUACGUCACCGCCCUCUUCCUGACCAGCGUCCUCAUCCCCGGGCUGGUCAUCGGCGGACUCUACGCCGGCCUCGCCAGGCGCUACUGGGCGGCGCAGGCCCGACUGGCGGGCAGCGCCGGCUCGGCCAGGAGGCGAGGACUCAAGCAGCGGGUGGUGGUCAUGAUCUUCAGCAUCGUGGUGGCCUACUGGGCCUGUUUCCUGCCUUUCUGGGCCUGGCAGCUGGCCCAGCUCUUCUCGGCGGAGUCCCUCAAGGCUCUGUCCUCGUCCACCCACAACUACGUCAACUUCUUUGUCACCUGCCUCACGUACGGCAACAGCUGCGUCAACCCUUUCCUCUACACACUCCUCACCCGCAACUACAAGGACUACCUGGCCCAGAAGGGCCAGUCGACCACUUCGAGCAGGAUAGAACCCCUUUCCCCUCUGGCCCAGCUCUUCUCGGCGGAGUCCCUCAAGGCUCUGUCCUCGUCCACCCACAACUACGUCAACUUCUUGGUCACCUGCCUCACGUACGGCAACAGCUAUGUCAACCCGUUCCUCUACAUGCUCCUCACCAGGAACUACAAGGACUACCUGGCCCAGAAGGGCCAGUCGACCGCUUCGAGCCGGACAGAACCCCUUUCCCCUGGAAUACCUCCCCCGAGGACUCGUAGUCCAGGCAGCGACAGAAUUCUGUCCGUACUAUCGGUGGCCUACUGGACCUGUUUCCUGCCUUUCUGGGCCUGGCAGCUGGCCCAGCUCUUCUCGGCGGAGUCCCUCAAGGCUCUGUCUUCGUCCACCCACAACUACGUCAACUUCUUGGUCACCUGCCUCACGUACGACAACAGCUACGUCAACCCUUUCCUCUACACGCUCCUCACCCGCAACUACAAGGACUACCUGGCCCAGAAGGGAAGUGCAGGCUCACUUUUUGGCAUGAUCAAGCCAUAA